GUCCUAGCAGAAGAAGGAAAGGCCAAGGUGAUUGCAUUUGAUGAAAUCGACAAAGCCCCUAAAGAGAAAAAGAGAGGAACUAGUAUUGCCGCAGCCCAUGUGGAGUAUGAGACAGCUAAAAAACGUUAUGCUCAUGUUGACUGCCCAGGAUUUGACCCUCUCUUUAAAACCGGUGUACCCUCUCUUGUCAGCUUUUUAAACAAAGUUGAUGCUGUUGAUGAUCCUGGGCAGCUGGAACUAGUUGAAAAGGAGCUUCGGGAACUGCUUCGUUCCUUCAUGUAUCCUGGUGAUGAAAUUCCUAUCAUCUGUGGUUCAGCUCUUUCUGCUUUACAGGGAACUAAUGAAGAAAUUGGAAAGAAAGCUAUUUUAAAGUUAAUGGAUGCUGUAGAUGAAUACAUUCCAGAUCCAGUGCGUCAGCUUGACAAACCAUUCUUAAUGCCAGUGGAAGCUGUAUUCUCAAUUCAGGGACGUGAAACUGUUGCAACUAGCCGUGUUGAACAAGGAACAAUAAAAGUUGGAGAAGAUGUGGAGAUGCAGGCUAGCUGUUACUGUAUUCAGUUGUUCUAUUACCUACCUUCUUUAGCAGUCCAUCUUUCAAUUCCAAAAGAGGGAAAAAAUCAUGCUUGAACCUUGAUUCAGAUGUGAUACUGAUCUUUUGCUGUUUUGAAGGGACGUGAAACUGUUGCUACUGGCCGUGUUGAACAGGGAACAAUAAAAGUUGGAGAAGAUGUGGAGAUGCAGGUAUGCCAACGUCGAUGCUAUCAAGAAUUCCACGAAGUCAGAUUAUUGAUUCAAUCGGUGGUGGCUAUGAAGAUGUUGAUGAGUCUAUUCAAAAGGUGUAUACAAGAAGACGAGUUGAUGUUGCAUCUACCUCUAAGAAAGUCAUUGACAGUGAUGACGAUUUUGAGGAUUUACCACCUCAAUUUCAGUCAAAAAAAGUGAAAAAUACAGUUGCUCCGGAGAAGAAUACAAAGACACGAACCGCUUGCCCAAAAAUAUCAUUCUAUCAGAGAGUAGAGAUCCGUUUGAAAACAUAGUGGCAAGUGAAGAGGAGGUUUCUAAAUUCAAGCUUCCUGAAUCUCGUGAUUACAAUGAUGGAAUCUUGAAAUUGAAGUCGAAAGGAUCAAGCCAUGGUCUAGAUGUGUUGACUAAUGAGGUUAUAAAAUUGCCAAAAGAAUUUGUAAAGGCAAAUGAAAAUCACAAAGCCCUUGAAGAGAAGAUAGAUUUAGGAUUUAUGCAAAUCAAAGAAUUUGUGGUGAAUUCCAACAAAAAAUUAUUGGAGGAUAUUUCUUUGUUGGUUGCUAAGAGAGAUGAUAGCAGUUUCUUUAUUCGAAAAGUCAGGAAACCAUUUAACAAAGAGGCUCGCGAGACAUUUUCGGGUGGAUUAGACUUCAAUGGAGGGAUGUGAAAUCGUUGCUACUGGCCGUGUUGAACAGGGAACCAUAUAAGUUGGAGAAGAUGUGGAGAUGCGGGUUUAGUUGUUAUCAUAUUCAGUUAUUUUAUUACCUACUUUCUUUAGGGGGAGAAUAUAUUGGUUCAUAACAUGUUCUAGAUUUUCUGUGCUAGUGAUCUAGACUUGGAUCUGCCUUUCCUAUUUGUCUGUGUUGAAACCUGAGGAUGAAUGAUGUCAUAGUUAAUUAAUAAAUAUUUGGUUUGACGUAACUUAUUGCUGUUAUGGGUUAUUGUAUGUAGUCUUUCACAAUGUUAGAAGUUGAGUAAAUUUUGUUACAUGGUAUAGAAAAAUCUCUUGUAUUCAAGCAAAAAUUUCAUGAGUGAACCAAAAAGAAACUGGGAACGAGAGUGUAUUCCUCAAGCACACAGUGGUUGUAUAUCCCUUUGAAGCACUUGUAUUUCUCUCCUUCCCUAAGACAGACAUAUACGUGAGUUCUAAUGGCACAAUGUCUCAUGCACUUUGAUUUCUCUUCUUCUUCUCGAUGUCCAAUUAGAGUGCCUCCUUUACUGUACAUGGCAUGGCUCUUGUAUUCUACUCCACCGUCUUGACUUUUCGUGUUUUCUUGUGAUGAAAAUGUUUCUGAAUCACGUUGUCUU